AUGGGCGUGUGGUGGGGGCCGGUGGUGCGGGUGCUGGUGCUGCAGGCGGCCUGGGCGCUGGGCGGCGGGCAGGUGCGCUACUCGGUGCCGGAGGAAGCCAGGGCCGGGACGGUGGUGGGCCGGCUGGCGCAGGACCUGGGCCUGGAGGCGGGCGAGCCGGAGGCGCGGCGGCUGCGGCUGGUGGCGCAGGGCCGGCGGGCGAGCGUGGAGGUGAGCGGGGCGAGCGGGGCGCUGGUGGUGAGCUCGCGGCUGGACCGGGAGGAGCUGUGCGGGAAGAGCGCGCCGUGCGCCCUGCGCCUGGAGGUGCUGGUGGAGCGGCCGCUGCGCGUCUUCCACGUGGAGCUGGAGGUCACCGACAUCAACGACAACGCCCCGCUCUUCCCCGCCGCCCGCAAAAACCUCAGCAUCGCGGAAUUAUCUACGAUGCCGGGCUCUCGUUUCCCGCUGGAGGGCGCGUCGGAUGCAGAUAUCGGAGCCAACGCGCAGCUCUCCUACACACUCAGCCCCAGCGAGCACUUCACACUCGAUGUUAAAUCCUCUGAUGAGAAUAGGAAAUCCCUGUUUCUGGUGCUCACGAAAUCUCUGGACCGGGAGACGAUGCCCGUGCACCGGUUGGUGUUGACGGCGAGUGAUGGGGGCUGGCCGUCUCUGAGUGGCACGGUGGAGCUGGUGAUCUCGGUGCUGGACGCGAACGACAACGCGCCCCAGUUCAACCAGUCAGUGUAUAAAGUGCAGCUGCCGGAGAGCGCUGCCGAGAAGACGCUGGUAGUGCGGGUGAACGCCACGGAUCCGGACGAGGGUCUUAAUAUGGACUUUUCUUACAGCAUCAUUAGUUCUGUUCCUAUUCGUAAAAGGGAUCUGUUCACCAUUGAUCCGAAAACAGGGGAGGUCAGACUGACAGGCGCCCUGGACUUUGAAGACGCCCGUUUGCAUGAGUUGCAAAUCGAAGCGAGAGACAAGGGGACGCCCCCGCUGUCGGGUCACUGCAGCGUGGAGCUGGAGGUGGUGGACGUGAACGACAACGCGCCGGAGGUGUGGGUGACGUCGCUGUCGGUGCCGGUGGCGGAGGACGCGUCGGUGGGGACGGUGGUGGCGCUGCUGAGCGUGUCGGACCGGGACUCGGGGGCGAACGGUCGGGUGUGCUGCGCGGUGUGGCCGGCGGGGCCGUUCGGUCUGGUGGCGACGUUCGCGGGCUCGUACUCGCUGGUGCUGCGGGAGGCGCUGGACCGGGAGCGGGUGUCGGAGUACGAGGUGGAGGUGCGGGCGGAGGACGGCGGGGCGCCGCCGCUGCGCGCCAGCCGCGGGGUGCGGGUGCCGGUGUCGGACGUGAACGACAACGCGCCGGCGUUCGCGCAGGCCGUGUACACGGUGCUGGCGCGGGAGAACAACGCGGCGGGCGCGGAGCUGGCGCGGCUGUGGGCGCGGGACCCGGACGAGGCGGGCAACGGGCACGUGAGCUACUCGGUGGCGGAGGGCGGCGUCGGGGGCGCGUCGGCGGGCGGCGGGUGGCGGUCGGCGUCGAGCUACGUGUCGGUGGACGCGGAGAGCGGGCGGCUGUGGGCGCUGCAGCCCUUGGACUACGAGGAGCUGCAGGUGCUGCAGUUCGAGGUGCGUGCGGUGGACGCGGGGGAGCCGCCGCUGUGCGGCAACGCCACGGUGCAGCUCUUCGUGGUGGACGAGAACGACAACGCGCCGGCGCUGCUGCCGCCUGCCGGCGGCGGGCCGGGGCCCGGGGCCUCGGGCGAGGCGGCGUGGGUGCCGGGCGCGGGGCCGGGCGCGGGGGCGUGGUGGGCGUGGGCGGCGUGGGGGGCGCCGGCGGGGCAGGUGGUGGCGAAGAUCCGCGCGGUGGACGCGGACUCGGGCUACAACGCGUGGCUGCGCUACGAGCUGUGGGAGCCGCGGGGGAAGGGCCCGUUCCGCGUGGGGCUGUACAGCGGCGAGGUGAGCACGGCGCGGGCGCUGGAGGAGGCGGACGGCCCGCGGCAGCGGCUGGUGAUCGUGGUGCGGGACCACGGGGAGCCGGCGCGCUCGGCCACGGCCACGCUGAGCGUGUCGCUGGUGGAGGGCGGCGAGGCGGCGCUGGCGGCCGCGGGCUCGUCGUCGGGGUCGGGGUCGGGGCUGCGGGCGUCGUCGGGCGCGGAGGGCGGCGCGUCGUCGUCGUCGAGGAACGUGUGGCUGGUGGUGGCGAUCUGCGCGGUGUCGAGCCUGUUCCUGCUGGCGGUGGUGCUGUACGGGGCGUCGCGGUGGGCGCCGCGGGCGGCCGUGCUGUCGGGGCCCGGGCCGGCGACGCUGGUGUGCGCCAGCGAGGUGGGGAGCUGGUCGUACUCGCAGCGCCAGAGCCGGAGCCUGUGCGUGGCGGACGGCGCGGGCAAGAGCGACCUGAUGGUUUUCAGCCCCAACUUCCCGCCGCCGCCCGGCGCCGCGGCGAAGGAGAUGCAGCCGGAGCCGCCCGCUCUCCUGGACACGGUCAGUGGCCCUCCCUUUCUCGCCUCCCGUCCCUUCCCCCUUCCCGCCCUUCCCGCCCGCCCCCUGGGCAGUCGGUGGUGGGAGUCGGGCUCAGCCGCCGGGGCCUGUGAAGCAAUGCCAAACAUGAAGGGUCAGCAGCAGCGGGUCUUCGGGACUCCGUGUAUAUGGUACAUCGGUGUGUUUUUCAUGGUGCUCUCAUUGCUGGGAAGGGUCUGCGAAAGUCGGAUUGAGCCUUGA